AACCAUCCACCUAUUAGGGAUGGAGGCUAAUUUUACUUUGCCCCCUCUAAUUCCAGUUAAAUUGACCUGCCAGUGCACUGAAAGAUGGCUACUCCUGAAGAUAUUCAGGUUCAAGGAACUGGACAAGAGGGCCUCCGGACAGGCCUUUGAGGUCCUCCUGGGUGCUCCUGAUGGCAAGGGUGAAUUCCCUUUGUCUCCUCCCAAGAAGAAGGAUGUCUCACUGGAGGAAAUCCAGAGGAAGCUGGAUGCUGCAGAAGAGAGACGUAAGAACCAUGAAGCUGAGGUUCUGAAGCACUUGGCUGAGAAGCGUGAGCAUGGGAAGGAGGUCCAGCAGAAGGCUUUGGAGGAGAACAACAACUUCAGCAAGAUGGCAGAGGAGAAACUCAUCAGAAGAUGGAGGCAAACAAAGAAAACCGCACAGCAAAUUAUGGCAGCGAUGAAUGAGAAAUUCAAAGAGAAGGACAAAAAGUUGGUAGAAGUACGAAAGAACAAAGAAACCAAAGAGGGCGGCUCGGAAGAAGGAACCUCGGAAGACUGAAACAUGCACUUGGGGGGGAUUGUAUAGGGUUUUUUACGUAUCCAAAGAAUGAUUUAUUUUUUGUUUGGCCAGUAUUUUGUUGUGUUCACUACCCCACCUUCUUGAAAUGAACACACGUUCCAAUUUUUCAGUUGUGCCUCAGAGGGUAUUUGUGCUGGUUUUUAGAUGCGAGUUGCUCCCCCCCAUCCACCUUGAGUCCAUUCCAGUUGGAUAUGUGGCUUUGUCUGCAGCUUCUGGCCCUUCAUUUGCAUACUAUCAUGUGUACUUGCCUUUUUUAUGAAGCAUGCUUCUAUUGCAUUGGUCCUUGCCUAGUUCAUAGUACGUUUUUUUGAAAAUGUGUGAACUGUUCCAGCAAUCGAGUGUAAAUUUAAAGUAGCACAAGGCGUCAGCUGUUACACACGCAGGUGUUUUGUGCAGCUUUGCUCCCCGUAUUUGGUCUCUCCUGAAAUCAUGCUUUGUGCCACUGCUGUCCUAUUGGCUUUUGUAUUUUGAAGCUCUGAAGCACAGGUCUCCUUGCUGUGAAUUAACUGCCAGACGUGAAUCGAUGUCGUGUUGGACAUCAGUGGGACGGGGUCUAUAGGUGGAAUGCAAAUGAGCAAUACACUUUGGCAUCUGGAUAGUUACAGUGACUAGCUGACUUGAACUGUUGUACUAAAACAAAUAAAAACUUGAACAAA